CGUUUUUUCCAUUGUUACAGGGGAAGGGGAAGGAUCUCCAGACGAUAACGAAAAGGCCGACGCCGAUGACGAAUCAGGUACAAUGACGCCUAAUUCCGCCGCGUCCCCUGCACCUGGUGGAGAUGAGGCCUCCUCGCCUCCGCCGGGUGCUCUUCUAUCACCAAAGAGCACAAAUUCGGGCGAAGAUUCCACCCACUGCAACCAACCUCUGGAAAAAGAUCAAAUCAGCCCACGAUGCCAUUCGCACGAGUCGGCAGAAUCCUCAAUACCUCCCAGAUGCCUAUCCGAUGAAUCAUUGUACUCGGAACGGCCCGACCUACGCGGAAUUUCGCUACCAGCAACCGCUCUAAGCCCCAUAGGAGUAGCGCUACCUCCAACGUUACCUGUUGCAGCCGCCGCCGCGUUGUUACCCCCUCAGUCGGCGGCAAUGGCAGCCUACCUUAACGCCGCAGCUGCAGCCGCGCAACAUUCGCAUCGGCUGAUGAUGACGUCGCCACUACCAUCGUACAACAGGGUGUCCGCGUCACCUCUGAUAUCAUCCUCCUCUCCACCCGACGGAUUAAACGUCUCCAGCUCAUCGCCUACACCCGACUCGUUGCCUCCGCCCGGUAUACUCGACUUCAGUAAACGAUCCUUGAAACACGACCCCGACGAGGCCGAUGUGAACAUAAUGAACCUCAGCAAGGCGGAUUCGUUGUCCUCGAGCGAACCACACUUCAACAGCCCGCUAGAUUUGUCCGUAACGAAUAGGAAGAGGGGAUCGGAGGACAUGGACUCACAUCCGAGCCCGCGCAAGCAACGAACCGACUACAAAUCGCCUCUACUCGCUCAGUGGGCCUCACCGAUAGCCGCACCUCACCUACCUUAUUUCGCGGCAGCGGUAGCGGCGGCGAACCUUUCACCAAAGACCAACGCCGUUAACGACGCUUGGAACGGCAAGCUGAAAUACGGCACGGCAACUCCGAGUGACGCCACCAAGGCUUUGGAGAAAAUGAGCGAACUCAGCAAGCUGGGCGGAGAAGAUCUGUUUCGAUCGAUCGCGAAUACGGGCGCGUCGGUGAAUUCGUCCAACAGUCGACACAGUGCGUGGCAGUCGCAUUGGUUGAACAAGGGCGCGGAACAGGCAAAGGACGUGUUGAAGUGCGUGUGGUGCAAGCAGAGCUUUCCCAGUUUGGCGGCAAUGACGACUCAUAUGAAGGAAGCGAAACACUGCGGUGUUAACGUUCCCGUUUCGGUGCAAUCUCAAAACUUACCUCCUCAACCUCCGAUCUCAUCCCCCUCGUCCAACGCAAGUUCAGGCGUUUCCUCGACAUCCAGUUCUAACAAACCGAACCAAUCCGACCUAAACUUACUUAUAAAAGAGACUAUGCCAUUACCUCGAAAGUUAGUUAGGGGACAGGACGUUUGGCUUGGAAAAGGGGCCGAACAGACGCGCCAAAUUUUAAAGUGUAUGUGGUGUGGACAGAGUUUCAGAUCUUUAGCGGAAAUGACUAGUCAUAUGCAACAAACGCAGCAUUAUACAAAUAUAAUUUCCCAAGAACAGAUAAUCUCGUGGAAGUCCUCCGAUGAUAUGAAGGGGGGCGGUGGUGGUGGCGCCGGUGGCGCGUCUAGUGGUAGUGCGGGUAGUGCAAAUAGUCACGUUAGCGCUGUACUAACUUGUAAAGUGUGUGACCAAGCCUUUAGUUCACUAAAGGAACUCAGUAAUCACAUGGUAAAGAACUCUCAUUAUAAAGAGCACAUCAUGCGAUCUAUUACCGACGGUGGGAGACGCAGGCAAACGCGAGAGAAACGAAAAAAAUCAUUGCCAGUUAGGAAAUUGUUGGAGUUAGAAAGGGCGCAACACGAGUUUAAAAACGGGGACACCGCAAGUAUUAUUGGAAAGACUGCCGGGGUUGGAAGAAUAACUUGUGAAAAAUGUGGUGAUAAAAUUGACACUUCGCUUUUCGUGGAUCAUAUACGACAGUGCGUCGGGGGUGGUGCUUUAGGAAGUAGUCAACGGAACUUUUUAAAAAGUGCUUUGUUGUCAAAUAGCAUUUUACCACCCGAAAGUUUGCUAGAUUCUGGUCAAAAUCCGAGCAGAGAGAAUGGCAAAAACAACGAAUCGCCAUCGACACCGAUCCACCAGUCGCCAACCGAUCUCGCAACCGGUAAGAGAUCUUCAACUCCCGAAAACAAUAAUGGUUCGUCGCCUUCUGUGUUGAAUGCAAUUGAGAAACUAAUCGAAAAGAGUUUCGAUUCACGCACAAGGCAAAAUUCUGGGUUUGCUGCGCAUGGACCUUCGGCGGCACCGAUGGGGUCCAGUAUUCUUAAACGAUUAGGAAUCGAUGAGAGCGUAGAUUAUACGAAACCCUUGGUGGAUGCGCAAACAAUGAACUUAUUGCGAAGCUACCACCAGCAACAAAGUCAUCACUACUCAAAACGUGAACGAAGCGGGAGUGAGUCUAGUUCGGUUUCGGAACGAGGCAGUCGUGUGGAUGCGCUUACACCGGAGCGAAAAAUCGACUCGGCGCUGCAUCAUCCUAUCACAUCUACACCUAGAUCCACACCCGAUAAGCGAGAUAAAUCUCCAUGCUCCGAGAAAGCAGCCUACGAAAACAAGUCCGAUGGUGAGUUGUCCGUGAAAAAGGAAAUUGAGGACGGCGAUCCUUCAGAAGUUGGUCAAGGCGUUUGUCUCAAACGAGAGGUACCGGACAGUAGCGAGGAUUUUGACAGAAGUAAUUUUAGAUCGUCCAAACGACUUUUAGAAAUGAAAGAAGAUCCCGAUGCGGAGAAAACAAAAGGCAGCGAUGGAAUGAAGAGUAGUCCUGUAGAUAGUCCACACCGGCAAUCUCUUGCUGCCGACCCGGGAAAUGUAAAUAGUCCUUGUAGAAACAGCACGUGUAGCCCCGCCAGUAGUGAUCGAUCGACCACGCCGAGAAGCACAAACGGCGAUAAAAAAGGUAACAACAGUUUGGGAGCUUUAAGCUCGAUGUUUGAUAACUUGUCCGGGGCCAGUACCUCCGCAGAUAGUGCAAACACUUCAGGGAAACGAACCAGUAGUCACCCUCUGGCUGCGUUACAAAAGCUUUGCGAUAAGACUGAAACACACCACACGAAUAGGAGUAACGCGUCGGCAUCGGCACCGCCAAACAUGGCAGUUCCCAGCAGCCAUAACGUAACACAAAGUGGCGGCCCGACUCCCGGCGCCAUCUUAGCGUUCAGUUGGGCCUGCAACGACGCCGUCAUGACCUCCGACUCAAUUAUGAAAUGCGCAUUCUGUGAUACCCCCUUCAUUUCGAAGGGAGCUUAUCGGCAUCAUUUGUCAAAAAUGCAUUUCGUCAAAGACGGCGUCAUUCCGGAUCCGGUCGCCUUGAAAAGCCCCCAACCUUCGAGUUCUAGCGGCCCGGUAAACCUGAAGAGCGGAAACGGUAGCGGAUCGAGCACUUCGGCGGCGUUAGCACCUACCGGAAGCAAAAGUCCGCCGAUCACCGGUAACUUUGAGGAAAGUCCCCAUUCAAAAUUCCUAAAAUACACAGAACUUGCCAAGCAGCUUUCUAGUAAAUAUGUAUAAAUAGUUUCGUUCUCCAGUAUUUAAUAAGUUCGGUAGCAUUCCUACCUGUACAGAUGAAAAUAUUUUAAUUAAAGGCCGCUAGGCGGACCUUGUAAGUUGUGAUGAUAUCAUAUCUUGCUACUGCAGACCAUAGUAAUAAUAUUAGUCUAGUGAUAUUUCAAUAUAAUUGUGGUACUACAAAUUUCUUUGGUGAUUAUACUAUACAAAAAAAACUCAUCUACACUGUACAGAAACCUACUUUAAGUAUUCAGUAUUUAGGAUGUUACAAGAAACAAUUUCUAUGGACGUUCUACAUUGUAAUUAAAUUUUUUGGCGAACGUCUUGUUAAAAGUUCCAUUGUGUAAGAGAUUGAAAAUUUCAGUUGUACUCAUGAACAUUCGAUCUACUUAAAAGAAAAUGUAAAUGUAGAAAAGAACUCUCAGUUACUUCAUCUCUAUUUAUUAAGAAUUGUAAAUUUUAAGUAAGAUUAAAACAUUCGUAUACGUAUGUCGCAAUCUGAUUCUUCCAAGAGGAUUUUUAAAUAAAUAUUUAUCAAUAUUAUACUAUACUGAAUAAUAAAAAGAAUGUAUACGCGUAGCUGAUUAACAAAUAAAAAGCUCUUCACUUGUGUUAAUAAGAUCAAUCUCUUAUUUCAAGAUUUGUUGUAUUUAAAGGCAAUG